AUGAGCUUCACAUCUCCCACCGAGCAGUUCAAAAGCUACCAGGCCUUCGGUUCUGGGUCUUCACGGUCGAAACCGCCUGCUCAGUCCUUCUCAUCAAGAGUUGACUUCAGCGGCCAAUCAUACGAUAUGCCUUACUUUGCAGGUUCUGAUGUUUCUGUUUCCAACCUUCAGACGGCGAGCACUGCGUCGAAGCACUCUGUCGCCGACGUUCUUCAGGGCUUUACACCGAAGCAAUCAUCAGACGCCCCAAAGACAAAGAGUUUUGACAAGAAGAGACUCUCCAGCAUUCCCAAUACUUCUCAACAAGGCUUAUUCGAGUCCCUUCUACGUCAAUUGGUCCCUCAGGCACCAGAGGCAUUCACAGGCAUCAAGGACAGGUUCGACAAGACCCAGUCUUGCUUACCCCCUAAACAACAAGUAGCCUGGAACGCGCAAGAACUUUUUGACGAACUGAUCAAAAUUCUUCCAAAGAUCCUCAGAACUCACUCGGUCUUUAUCUAUGUCGAUGGUAUCAAUUACUCGGAAGGCGAAACGGGUCCCAAGCUUGUGCCAGACUUUGCCAAGUUGGUCGAAAAGUCUCAGAUUCCCACCAAGCAUCCUACCAUAACUCAGGGACUGAGAAUCAUCUUUUCUAGCACGCCUUAUUCUAUGAAAGAUCCCUUUCCGAGAUCGUGUAUUCAAGUUGACGAAAAGAAUGGACCAAGUUUGAGAAGGCAUUUGGAAGGGCAACUCUCCAAUAUCGACCUUAACACACAACAUCUAGUUUCUACGAAGGCUGGAUCUUCGUUCAUCGCGGCUCUUCUGAUCGUGAAUCACAUCAAGCUGUUCGGGCCUGGGCAGUCAUCCCUUGUCCAACAGCCGUCGCCUACACCUGCGCCAAUCUCGUUCUUGCUAGGCGCUUAUUUCCAGGACAUGGCACACCAGGGUAGCAGUGGUCCCCUUUCACUAUUCAGAUGGUGUUGCUUGUCAUCGAGGCCACUUAGUUUGCCUGAGCUUCGGGUCGCUUGGGCUCUUGAUGCACUACCUAAGGUCGUUUCCAUCAAGGAAUUGUCACAUACAGAAUACUUAACGCGAUUUGGUUCCGACGAGAGCUUCCAAUCCUGGAUCAAGACUACUUCUUGGGGUCUUCUUGAAGCUGUGACGGUGGGCGGUGAGAAAGUUGUGAAGCCUAUGCAUGACAGCGUGUCGGAUUCCUUUAUCUCAAAGGGGCUGGACAUUCUUUCUUACAAAGCUCAGUCCGCAGGGGCCACUUUCUCUCCUUUCCAGCAGGCUCAUCAUUCCAUCGCCACUUGCCUCCUGCGAUAUCUUACAAUCCUGUCCAAAGAACCAAGAUGGGACUCUAUGGCUCGAACAAACCCAGCACUCCGACUUGUUAGAUACGCUACUAGCUGGUCUUAUCACAUCACUUCUGCAGGCUUGGGGAAACCAGAAGCCUCAAAGCUCCUGAAGGUGCUAGCUUGGCCGUCGGAUCAAACACUCAAUGUCUUGGUCAAACUUGGCCUCGGUGAUAUCCAGGGGACACUCUGGGCUCAUUUGUUUGCCAUCUAUGGCCAUGCUCAUUUCCUGUCAGUCGCUAUUAGAAAAGCUGGAAAUGAUGUCCUUGAUGUGCAGGAUCGCCAAAAGAGGACGCCCCUGCACCUGUCUGCUCUUCAUGGCCACUCGACUGUGACAAAGCAACUUCUCAAAUCGGGUGCAAAGACGAACGCCCAGACAGUUGGCGGGGAUACAGCUCUUCACUUUGCGGUUCUUCAAGGUCAUCAAAGUAUCAUGAAGUACCUGCUUGAGCGUGACCCGAAUUUGAUCACUGUAGCAGAUGGUCAGUCGCAUACGCCACUGUUCUCGGCCGUCUUUCGUGGAAGCUCGUCUGCAGUAAAGCUUUUGAUCGAUAGAAGAGCCGACCUCAGGGCUCUUGACACAUAUGGAAACUCCGUCCUACAUCAUGCUGUGAAUGCAGCAAAGUCCAGUGUCAUAAAGCUGCUUUUGGAUAGUGGCUCAGACGUCAAUCGACAGAAUUCCCAGGGUCGUACCCCUCUACAUCUUGCCAUUGUCGGAGAUCACUCUUCUGCCGUCAAGGCAUUGCUUGACAGUCGUUCUCGAACAGAUAUCGCAGACAAUCUGGGCAGAAGAGCUCUCCACGAGGUAGUUUUGUCAGGUAACAAAGCCUGUACCCAACUUCUGUUGAAGCACAGAGUGGCUGUUGAUGUAAGGGAUAACGAUGGUCAGACGGCACUCUUAUAUGCUAUUCGAGGCCGCCACGGAAGCCUCUUGAAGCUUUUACUUGAGGGCGGUACCGAUAUCAAUGCCAUGGACAAGUAUGGUUCCACAAUGAUCAUGGUUGCUGUUCAAGCGUCUGACGAGAAACUCACGCGAAUCCUGCUGGAAAAGAACCCGGAUCUUGGUCGACUAAGUCGCGAAGGACACACCGUCGCUUUCUAUGCCGUUUUCAGAGGAAAAGCAGUGUGGCAUCCCGAGUGGAAGGAGUGCCAACAAGAGUUCAUGGCCAAACACGGGAAGAAGAAAGACGCAAGCAGUAACAUGAAGAGCAAGGCCAAACCUGCCAAGGUUAAGAGCGCCCCUCUGCCAUCCAAAAACGAUGCUGCUCCAAAGUCUCGAAGAUCAUCCAAGGUCCCGUCCAAUAUCGUCUCAAAGACAACCAUCAGUGUUCCUAAAUCUCGAGCUGGUGAGCUUAAGAGACCUCAAGAGGCUCGAGGACCUCCGAAGCCUGUACCACGGAAUGGAGUGCCAAGAAAGCCCCAGAGCCAGAGUCAAUCCCAGAUCCAGAGCCAAGAUAGGCCUCAGGUGACGGAGUGCAAGGAAACCGAAUGA